UUUACAUUGUCAAAUCAAUCAAAAUCAAUGUUAACUAGAAUCUCUCUCCCCCCUCCAGCCUUGCUGAGUUCCCCCAACGCUGCCCUCCAGAACUCCCUGGCCUCUGUGGUCUCUGGCCCCCCCAGCGCCCCCUCCCUCAACACCCCCACCCCCAUUGACCCCUCCUCCAUGCAGAGGGCCUAUGCCGCCCUGGGCCUGCCGUACAGCAACCAGACCCCCACCCCCGGUCAGACCCCCCCAGGGGAACAGAACGCUACCCAGGGGCAGCAUCCACAGCUGAUGAGACCCAUCAAUGCACUAGGUAACCAGAUGGCUCUGGGGGGCGGGGCGAUGGGCGUGGCCUCGUCAGAUCAGACCAAUCUGCACUCAGACUCUCUCAACACCAACAAUCAGCUGCUGUCCGACGGGUCAGGUGUUGGCUCCAUGGGAGGUAGCCUGCCRACCGCCGCCCCCCUCUCAGCAUCGGGAGUCAGGAAGACCUGGCAUGAACACGUCACUCAGGACCUCCGCAACCACCUCGUCCACAAACUAGUACAAGCCAUUUUCCCCACCCCAGAUCCGGCAGCUCUAAAGGAUAGGCGGAUGGAGAACCUGGUGGCAUACGCUAGGAAGGUCGAGGGGGACAUGUACGAGUCUGCCAAUAGCAGGGAUGAAUACUACCACUUUCUGGCAGAGAAGAUCUAUAAAAUCCAGAAGGAGCUGGAGGAGAAGAGGAGGUCUCGGCUCCAGAAACAGAUCAUCAACCAGGGGCCUCUGACGGCUGCAGGAGCCCAACAGCAGCCUGGAGGUCUCCCGCAGCCCAACACCCUGGGCCCUGGGCAGUCUGUUAGGCCACAGAAUGGACCUGUGUCUAUGCCCAAUGUGCCAAAUCAGAUCAUGAAUCGCAUGCAAAUUGUUCAAGGGCUCAAUCAGUUCAGCCCCAUGGCCCUGCCCAACAUCCAGAUGUCCCAGCAGCCUCUAGGGCCCCGUGCCGCCUCCCCCAUGAACCACCCCACACAGAUCAACAUGGGCUCCGUCCCCUCCAUGGGUCUGUCUCCCUCGCGGAUGCCACAGGCCCAGGGCAUGCUGGGAGCCCACGGCGGCGGUGGCAGCAUGGUGGGCCAGACAGCCAAUCAAAAUAGUCAAUUCCAUCCCCCUCAGAUCCCAUUUCCCCCCUCUACCUCCGCCAUGAAUGCUAACAACCUGGGUCUAGCCAGCCCCCAGGCACAGGCUUGCUGUCACACAGGGGGCCCACCAACUAACCUGCAGCCCCCCAAGCCCUCCAGCCGCAGCUCAACCCCCACCCUUUCCACCCCCGUCCUGGUCCUUCCAACACCCCCUCCCCGCCCAAACACUAACCCAGACCCCACCACAUACCCCCUCCAGCCACAGACUCAGUCCCAACCCCAACCGAGCUUCCUACAGUGCAGCCCCCGACCACGCCGACUGAGAGACUCUGGUUCCCUGUCAGUGAAGAGGAGCCAGAAGAAAAGCAGGUGCCAAUGGAGGACUGAGGAGAAGAAGCUGGAAAUGAAGACUGAGCCCAAAGAGAGGAGGAGAGCCCACACCACAUCUAGCAAUCUUCUCUCUCUCUCUCAGACAUCUCUCUCCUUCCCUCAAGAAGAGACUAGGGACAGGACAAGGAAUUGGUCUAGGAUGAAACUUAUUAAAAACAAACCUAUAAAUCUCUUCUCUCCAUAUCUGUUCCAGUCUUGUAAGCCAGAGGAGCUGCGCCCCCUCAUGCCCACCCUAGAGUCUCUUUACAGAACAGGACCCAGAGUCCCUCUACCCUUCAGACAGCCUGUAGACCCCAUGGUACUGGGCAUCCCAGACUACUUUGACAUCGUGAAGAACCCCAUCGACCUGUCCACCAUAAAGCGUAAGCUGGACACGGGUCAGUACCAGGAACCCUGGCAGUACGUGGAAGACAUCUGGGUCAUGUUCAACAAUGCCUGGAUCUACAACCGCAAGACGUCCCGCGUCUACAAAUUCUGCUCCAAGCUGGCCGAGGUGUUUGAGCUGGAGAUAGACCCCGUUAUGAUGAGCCUUGGCUACUGCUGCGGCCGCAAGUAUGAGUUCUCUCCUCAAACUCUCUGCUGUUAUGGUAAGCAGUUGUGCACCAUACCAACCGGCGGCACCUACUACAGCUACCAGAACAGGUAUCAUUUCUGUGAGAAGUGCUUCAAUGAGAUCCAGGGGCACAAUGUGACGUUAGGGGACGACCCAGCACAACCACAGACAAUGAUAUGUAAAGACCAGUUUGAGAGGAAGAAGAACGAUACACUAGACCAUGAACCGUUUGUUGACUGUAAAGAUUGCGGACGGAAGAUGCAUCAGAUAUGUGUUCUACACUAUGACGUCAUCUGGCCAUCCGGAUUCAUCUGUGACAACUGUUUGAAGAAGGGGAAAACACGGAAAGACAACAAGUUUUCAGCAAAACGGUUGCAGACGACGCGGUUGGGCAUGUACAUCGAGGACCGGGUGAAUAAGUAUCUGAAGAGGCAGAACCACCCUGAGGCAGGGGAGGUGUGCGUACGAGUGGUGGCAAGCUCUGACAAAACUACAGAGGUCAAACCUGGCAUGAAAUCCAGGUUUGUGGACACCGGUGAGAUGUCUGAGACCUUCCCCUACAGAACCAAAGCGCUUUUUGCCUUUGAGGAGAUCGACGGCGUGGAUGUGUGUUUCUUCGGGAUGCACGUUCAGGAGUACGGCUCGGACUGCUCCUUCCCCAACACCAGGUCUACGGGUUUCAUAUCUUACCUGGACAGUAUUCACUUCAAACCUCGACUGCUAAAGACGGCCGUCUAUCAUGAGAUCCUUAUUGGCUACAACCGUUGUUCUUCUCCCCUCAGCUACUCUCAGGGUCACAUCUGGGCGUGCCCCCCCAGCGAGGGGACGCUACAUCUCCACUGCCACCCUGCCGACCAGAAGAUCCCAAAGCCCAAGAGGCUGCAGGAGUGGUACAGGAAGAUGCUGGAGAAGGCCUUCGCUGAGAGGAUCCUCCAUGACUUCAAGGACAUCUUCAAGCAGAGCGCAGAGGACUGUCUGACGGGGGCCAACGAGACCUACUUCGAGGGGGACUUCUGGCCCAACGUGCUGGAGGAGAGCAUCAAGGAGCUGGAACAGGAGGCGGAAGAGAGGAAGAGGAGAGGAACGUAAACCUGCUCCGACACACCUGAGGGCACGCCAGGGGGACACAGAAGAAAGCAAGAAGAAGAACAGCAAAAGACCAAUAAGAACAAGGGCAGCGUGAGCCGAACCAAUAAGAAGAAGCCUGGCAUGCCGAAUGUAGCCAAUGACCUGUCCCAGAAGCUCUACGCCAGCCUCGACAAACACAAGAGGUAUGAUGACGUGUUCUUUGUGAUCCACCUGCACUCAGCCCAGAUGGCCAACAUGUUGCCCCCCAUCAUGGACCCUGACCCCCUGCUGAACUGUGACCUGAUGGACGGCCGUGACGCCUUCCUCACCCUGGCCCGGGACAAGCACUGGGAGUUCAGCUCUCUCAGAAGGUGUAAGUGGAGCACCAUGUGCAUGUUGGUGGAGCUGCACAACCAGGGUCAGGACCGCUUCGUCUACACCUGCAACGAGUGUAAACACCACGUGGAGACACGCUGGCACUGUACCGUAUGUGAGGACUUUGACCUGUGUAUCAACUGCUACGCCGCCAAGGGCCACGAGCACCAGAUGGUCAAGUGGGGCCUGGGGCUGGACGACGACGGCAAUGGAGCGGGCGGCGCCGGCGAGGCCUCUAAGAGCCCCCAGGAGUCACGCCGUCUCAGCAUCCAGCGUUGCAUCCAGUCCCUGGUUCACGCCUGCCAGUGUCGCAACGCCAACUGCAGCUUGCCGUCCUGCCAGAAGAUGAAGCGCGUGGUGCAGCACACCAAAGGUUGCAAGAGGAAGACUAARGGUGGUUGCCCCGUGUGCAAGCAGCUCAUCGCUCUGUGCUGCUACCAUGCCAAGCACUGCCAGGAGAACAAGUGUCCUGUACCAUUCUGUCUUAACAUCAAGCACAAGCUUAGGCAGCAGCAGCUCCAGCACCGCUUACAGCAGGCUCAGAUGAUGAGGAGAAGAAUGGCCACCAUGCAGGGAAGAGCAAUGCCUCAGAGCUUACCGUCCCCCCCUCAGGCCCCCACUACAACCCCCAACACCACCCCCUCACACCCCCAGCCUAACACACCCCAAACCCCCCAACAACCACUUUCAAACCAGCCGCAGACCCCAAACGCUGCAGGUAUGUCACCAGUGUUCCCUCCUCGCAACGGUCAUCCCCUAACACCAGCUUCGCAGGGCAAGGGGGGACCUCAAGCGUCUCCUUUACACCAGCAGCAGUCACCUCUCCCCCCGCAACCUCCCCAACCCCAGCCACCCCCUCAACCUCAACAACCUUCUCAACAACAACCCCCUCUCGCUGCGGUCAAGAUGGCGCGGCACAUUGAGAUGGUGGCCCAGGCGCAGCAGCAGAACCAGCAGAACUACCGGGUCAACAUGAACGGCCUGCACCAGCAAAACCCCCAACAGAACCCCCAGCAGCAGCAACGCAUGGCCGGACCCAUGCAGAUGGUUGGGGGUCAAAUGGUGGGACCCAGAGGGCCCCAGGGCAUGCAGCAGCCCAUGGCCCCAGGUCAGUGGCCCAGCGCUGGGGGAGCCAUAGCGGGAGCUCAGCCUGGACAACCAGGAGUUGUAGUCCCUCCUCAGGUGGGUCAACCCCAGCAGGGGAUACCGAUGCAACAGAGACCCAUGAUGUCUCCUCAGCAACAGGCUCAGAGGAUGCUAGUCCCCCAGCCGGGGGGUCCCAGACCCCAGACGCCAUCCCAGAGACCCGGGGCCAUCGCCCCCAAUGCCCUCCAGGACCUCCUGAUGACCCUCAAGUCCCCCAGCUCACCCCAGCAGCAGCAGCAGGUCCUCAACAUCCUGAAGUCCAACCCUCAGCUCAUGGCGGCAUUCAUCAAACAGAGAACGGCCAAGUACCAUGCCAGCAACCCCCUGCAACAACAGCAGCCGGGGAUGUUGGGAGCCGCAAUGCAGCUGGCCGAGGUAGGCAGAGGCCCGGGAUGCCCCCUACAGCACUCAACAACCCACCGCCCCAAGGGAUGGCUGCCUAGGACCCCAGGGGCAACUCAUGAACCUGGACACAACCCCAACCAACGCUUCCCAGAUACAGGAGCUCUACGGAGACAGCUCCUUCGCGAGCAGCACAGCAACAGCAGCAGCACAGCAGCAGCAACAGACAGCAAGCAGCAGCACAGCAACAGCAGCCAGCAAACAGCACUACUCUCAGCUCCGCAUGCAGCAGCUAGCCAUGCAUGCCCAGGGCCAGCUCCCCCAUGGCCCAGAUGGGUCAAUCUGGCCUGGCAUGGACCCCACCUCCACCACCCAGAACCUCUUGCACCAGCGGAUGCUCCAGCAACAACAGCAGGGUAUCUCAACCAACAGGCCAUCCUCAAGCAGCAGAUGGGCGGCUCCCCGGUCCUGCCUAGCCCUACCAUGAGUCCCCAGGCCCACCUGCUGGCCAGCCAGCCCCAGCUGAGCCACCUCCCUGGCCAGUCCCCCAUGGCCAAUGCCCUUUCCAACCGGUCCCCUGCACCUGUACAAUCCCCGUGCCCGCCCUCACAAACCCCGCAUUCCAGCCCUUCGCCCAGGUUCAGCCCUCAUCCCACCGGGUCCCCCCAUCCGGGCUUGGGGGCCCCAUGCCUGGCUCCAUGGACCAGGACACUUGACGGAGCAGACGCUAUGCUAUCGCAGAUGAACACGCCCGCCAGAGGAGGGUUGAAGAAUGACUUGGGCACGGGAGGGGAUACGACAGGAGAUACGCUGGAGAAGUUUGUGGAGGGAUUGUAGCAUUAAACAGMAGACUUGAGCUGUGUCCCAAAUAGGUGACACCCUAUUCCCAAUUAGUGCACUAGGGCCCUGCUCAAAAUUAGUGCACUAUGUAGGGAAUAGGGUGCCAUUUGGGAUGCAUCCAMAAACAAACCACACUCUCCCCAWCCUCCACUGAUGUACUCGGACUCUGGGCCCGUCCCCUUUCAUGAAAAAUAAUUUCUUUCCUCUUUUUUUUACUGACAUGUACAAAGUUUCAAGAGAUGUAAAAAGAGAGAAAAUGGGAUAAAAUGAAAAAUGCCAACACUUAUAGGGGAAUGUUGAUGUUUCCUAAAACUGGUGUUUCUUCUUCCUAAUGAGUCGGGAUUUUGCAAAUUGCUGUUUAAAUCACAAAGAAUAUAUAUUUUUUUGGUUGAGACCAAAAUGUGCUCAGACUUUGUUUUAUUUGUUUGGUAUUUGGUAUGAUGUCAUGCCUUUUCGUUUUUUUUUUUAAAGAAAAUGUACAAAACAAUUGCAUUAUAGUAUUCAUACUUUUAAUUUUGUACCUUUUUUUUAAGUAAAGCAUUUUUUUGUUUUGUGUUGAAACCGUAAAAUAUUUUUUGUCUGGGAAUCGGCAUAGGUUUCUUUUCUCUUCUCAAGCUCUUCUCAUUCCUGGGACAUACAUCCAGAAAUGUCUCCCUAUUCCCAAUAGUGUAGUGCACUAUAUAAGGAAUAGGGAGCCAUUCCAGAUGUAGCCCUGGCAAUUGUAAUCUAAAGUGUUGUACAAUUUUUAUAGAUCCACCUGUAUUUGAGAGAGAGCGACUCUUUUUCCUCUUUGUGACGUGUGUGUGUGUUCGAGGAGAACUAUCCAUUUGUAUUGAAAUAGGAAAUGGACUAUGGCAGUUUGUAAUACACUGGCAUUUAUGCAGAAACACUUGACACACACAUACACGGAAUGCCAAACUCAAAACACAUACACAACAAAACAAGGACAAAAUCUCACUAGCCUGGAAACCGGAAUCUCUGUCUUGACUUGCGGAUGUAGAAAAUUGUGGUUCUGUCAUUUAAAAKGUUUGUCAUAAUUUGUUGUGUAAAGUUAAGUAUAUAAAGAGAACAGACAACUGACUCUUAUCCUGAGGGGGAAUGGGUGUUCACUGCUUGACUGCUUGUUUGUUUUGAAAAGAGAUAAAUAAAUAGUCCAGCUGUCUAUCAACCCUCCAUCCUCAUUCCCCUCUCUCAAAAACACAAACUUGAAUAAAACUUGGGGUGGGUUACGUUCUCCUAGCUCCAUAUUGUAAAUCAUGCAAGUUGUUAUUAAGCAAAAAUAUUAUAAAUAUAAGGAAGAGCGAAUGAAAUCACUGUAUAAACUGGUUAAAGACUCAUUUCUUACUUYUAUACCAUAUUGUUAAAUAAACUGUGUGCAACAGAAAACACUUGGAGUUAUA